CAAGGGCGUUUUCUGGACCGUUUCAAACCUCUCAGCAGCCUCGUAACAUCUAUUUUAUUUUGCGUGUAGAGUUGAGACCUCACAGUUGAACAAAAUGCUACACAAAAGUGUGUUUCUCUUGUUCGUCGCCCUGGCCGCAUCUGCCUAUGACAUGGACCAAGAAGGAAGCUCGUCCAGAAGAGCGCGUUUUUCAUCCAACAGUCCAUCUGAUGUAGCUCGCUGUCUCAAUGGUGCUCUGCAAGUGGGGUGCGGCACCUUUGCUUGUCUGGAGAACUCUACCUGUGAUACGGACGGCAUGCAUGAAAUUUGCAACAACUUUUUUAGUGCUGCUGCUGUUUUUAACACACAGGGUAAGACUUUUGUGAAGGAAAGCCUGAAGUGUAUGGCUAAUGGCAUCACUUCCAAGGUCUUCCAGUCCAUCCGCCACUGUCCAUCAUUCCAAAAGAUGAUUGCUGAAGUGCAAGAGGAUUGCUACAGCAAGCUGGACAUCUGCAAGGUGGCUCGCACCAACCCAGACGCCAUCGGAGAGGUGGUCCAGGUGCCCAUGCAUUUCCCUAACAGGUAUUACAGCACUCUCCUGCAAAGCUUAAUGGAGUGCGACGAGGACACCGUGGCGACUGUGCGCGCCGGCCUGAUGUCCCGCCUCGGCCCCGACAUGUACAUCCUCUUCCAGCUGCUGCAGACCAAGUCCUGCCCCUCCGACGUGUCCGCCGGCGGCCACGCAGGCAUGGAAGGGCGUGGAGGCUACCGCUGGGCCAUGGCCCCCAUGUUCAAGAUCCAGCCCAGCCUGCGCACCCGCGACCCCACUCACCUGUUCGCCAAGAAGCGCUCCAUCGAGGAGAGUCCCUAACUCUGAGGAAGGCGUUGUGAUGGCAUAGGCCUCCAUAAGAUGCAUACAUACAUGAGGUCACCUCCCACACACACACACACACACACACACACACACACACACACACACACACACACACACAAACAUACAGACACCACACAUUCUCAGAAUGCAGUUUCUCACUUUUGUCAUUAUGCACACUUCUGCUGCAGUCUUCCCAUUUACAAAAACAAUCAAGUAAUGUAUUAAUGCAGCCUUCAAGCACAGAUGAACAAGAUUACUAUCUCAAAUAUAGCAUCUAAAUCUGCAGAACAUCUGAAGAAUAUAGUAAUGUGAAGCUACAUCAACAUAGAGCACUUUACUGCAUUAAGUGGAUGCAUUCAUUUGUGUUUGAUUCCCCCACAGUAAGCCAUUACUGUUGGAUUUACUUAGAAACUGAUCUAAGGCUAACCCCAUGUUAAACAACCAAGAACAUAUUUAAAUGCGCUUAUGGUAUUCUAUUGAUAUUUAUUUUCUUACCAAAUGUAAUUUAUGCCAUAAUAUUAUAUUUUAUUGUUGUUGGCACAACUGUAUCUUUGCAGUGGAACUAUAGAAUUGAGGAGCAUCACAACAAUGUCAAAAGCAAGGAUGUGCAAUUCCAUGCUGGUCAUGGGUUUUAUGCAUGUUGAGAGUUGUCACUGCUCAGAAUUUCCACUCCCUAUCUUUGGGCAAUAUUACUUAACAUUUUGGUGGAUGGGUUUUUUUCUUUGAUAGAAUCUAACCAUGAUUUAUUGUCAACAAGAAAAAUGAUGAUUGAAGAGCGGAAUUGUUCUGUUCUUUUUUUUCUUGUUCACUGUAAAGUGUCUAUUUCACUUAAAGUGGGACAACUGC